AGCACAAAGAAAGCGGAAACGACCGCCCCCCAUUUUAAUUGUACAUUUAAGUGAUUUUGCGCUUGAGAAGGAACAGCUACCUUUGCCGCAGGGAUACUUGUUAUCAUCAAAGCCAGAAACCCCUCAAGAACGCCGAUAGCAGUCACCUUCUGACUACUUAAGUCCCAUAACUUGAGAGUUGCAAAGCCUUGCCCUCGCCUGGACAUGGCCUCGCUGUGGCAGCAAGACGCCUCGGGUUUAUAUUCCCCCGGGGAGGAAAUUGACUCCAGCUCAGUGCGACGAAAGGGGCGACCCCACGGCUCCAGCAUGAAGCAGGAGUGCGACUUGGACCUUGGCCUGUGGGACAACGCCAACUCCGGCGCCACCAGCGAAGCAGAGCAGGACAGCACCCUGAGCAGUGGGGUGUCCAGUCAGAGAGCGGCCGCCCCCUCGCUGGAGGGUCUGCCUCCCAAGGUGAUGAUGAGCAUCACGCGGAUGCAGUGCCUGCUGCAGUGCAGAGAGGAGCGCAUCCGGUACCUGGAGAGGCAGGUGGAGGACCUCCAGCAGGACCGCAACUUCCUGCGCUCGCAGAUCGAGAACCUCACCAGCGUGCGACACUUGGCUGCCGCUGGCGUCGCUCCCUCUGUCUCUGCUACCGCCUCCAUCUCUGCUCCUAUUGCCGCGCCGACGCCUCCACCACCCCCCAUCCGGACCGCCAAGCCUCAGCACAUGGAGGCCAAGCAGCGCAAGCGGAAGCAGCACGAGAUGUCGGGCUCCAGCGAGUGCCAUGACAGUGCCUCUGAGUUGUCCGUCUCCUCGGUUACCUCCGAGGACUACCAGUCCAUCCGCAGGAGGAAGCCCCAUCCCAAGGACCGCAGGAGGGGCAAGAAGGUGGCAAAGGACUUCUACAGAAAGAGAGCCACCGGGGUGCAGUACGUCAUCCAGCGCUACAGGCAGGUGCUGGCGGCCUACAACAAGACGAAGAACAUGAGCGUUGCCUUCCGGCACUAUGGCAUCGACCGCAACACCAUCGCCAACACGGCGCCCAUCGCCGAGCUGCACCUGGCUGCCAAGGACGCGCUGCCCCUAGUGGGCAUGUUCAGGCCGCGCGAGGACACGCUGGUCAACUACGCGCAGCGCUGCGCACUUGUCAUCGAGUCGGACCUGGGCCUGUUCAGGAAGAUCGAGCAGAUGAAGGCCACGGGCGAACUGCUGCCCAUCUCCGGCAAGAGGAGGACUGCCAUGCCUAUGAUGGCCGGACACGAAAUACUGGAGAUGAAAGUGCCGGUAUGAUGAGGCCUGGUUUUUUUGUUUGUUUGUUUUUUCACUUUUCUUUGUUUUAUUCUUGCUGCCCAUCUCAGUCAAUAGGAGGACUGCCAUAACCAUGCUGGCCGGACAUGAUAUACUGGAGUCGGUAUGAGGCCAUUUUUGUUUUUCAAUUUUGUUUUGUUUUCCAAGUGGAGAUAUGUAGUUAGCAAACGGAUACGUUUUUAUUUUGAAGAGGUACAGAUAUACUAUUUUAUAUGGGGAAAAAAAACUAUUUGCCAGCAAAAGGCAAUAAGUGGCGAGAUGUGGUUAGCUAUCGGAUUGGAUUGUUUUUUGUAUUUUUCAGAUACCAUGACCAUUUACAUGGAAAAAAGCUAUAAUCAGAGUUAGUUUCUGUGUUGUUAUACUGUGUACCUUGAAAGAAUGCCACUUUUGAAAAAAAUGUUUGUAUGGAUGUUCAAAGAGGAACUGCAUGUUUUCCAUCAGUAUGCUGGAGUUGAAAUAAAAUGCACAGGUUAACAAGAGCAGUGACAGAAACAUCAUCAAAAUGACAAUAGUGUUACUGGGUCAAUGACGUUUUAGAAGUAGCACACCUCAUGGUGGUGCGACUACAGCUAAUGCCACUAUUGGUGACAUUUUGUUGUUGUUUUUAGUGGAUUAUGUAACAUGCAUAGUCAUUGCAGUACUUUAAUUACCAAUUUCCAGUUAAUUUAUGGACAUGAGCUGUUGUUGUACCACCUGACGUCUAAGCCCAAAACAAUGUCAUUGACUACUGUUCUCAGGCUGAGUAUUUAACCAACUAUAGUUUGGUUCAUGUCACAAACCAGCUGUCUAGAUCCUGAACGCUCAGACUUGGGACGGGAGAUUAGGUUUGGGCAUUGUUUUCUGUUGGCCUAAACGCGCCUUUACAAAGUGACAUCCAGCUGUUAAUCUUUCUUUUGUUUAUAUUUUUGUUCUCAACAUUUCAAAGUCACUUUUUUACCUUAUGGGUUAUUGUCACUUUCAUUGUAUUAUGUGGUAUGUAUGUGGAAUCUCAGUUCUGGACUGUCGAGUAUCUGGCCGUGCACUGGCAGUCAUGCUUUGGGAAAAUGUUGGUGGCGGUUUGCAAUAGGCCUUUCUUUGUUCUGCAUAGUUUUUCGGUUGACUUUUCAUAUGGCCAUCAUAAGCAUACUAAAUGUUGACGUAUUUACAUUGAAUAAAUAUUCAACAUGUAAAGGUGUAAA